ACUGACGGUCACAACAAAUUAUUUACCGUUUAACAGAGAUUACUAAAGAGAAUAACGUUUGGAAAAAGAAAAACGGAAACCAUUUUCUCACAGGCAGCUUAUUAAUACUUAUACUUAUUUUGCUUCAAAAUUAUUAGUGUAUUGGAGAGGAUAAUUAGUUACCAACAUUCCACAAAUGAACUGAAAUUAAGACAAAACGUGUGAUCUAUUAAAAACCUGAAUUCAAGUGUUUCAGUGUCCAUAAGUGAACAGUCGUCAUGCUUGGACUAAGUAACACAUGCGUCUUACAACUUGUGUGUGUUCACUUGCUUGUGUGUUACAGUGAUCCGCCAAUGACCACACCUAUGGUCGAUCUUGGAGUAACUGACCAGCCAACUACACCACCAGUAACAGCCAGCACUUCUCCACGUAUUGACCUAGCUCAGCGCCGUCUCUACAUGUUACACAGAAUCCGGCAAAACUUUAUGAGAGAAAUGGGAUGGAACACUCUGCCAACAGUUGACAGUAGUCGUCUCGAAAGGCCUUAUGACUACACUCGAUAUAUACGAAAUCUCACCAUGGUAGAGCGCAGCUGUUAUUCUGCAUCAUGUGAGCUGCCAGACGCCAUUGACAGAGACAUGUGGGAUCAUCCUGAUGACGAUUCCAUGCAUCUGUUUUUCAACGUCGACACUUUUCCUGCUGGUGACGUCACAGCUAAGAACGCCACUCUGAGUUUGUUCGCCAAAGCCAGAUCAG